AUGGCUAUCAUGUUUGAGUCCACUCUUGCUGGAAAUGGUCUCUUUGGCUACUAUGAUGGUACAGAGUUAGCACCUCCUCGCUAUGCUCUUACAACUGAAGGUGAAGUCACUAGUGAAGAAACUGCAGCAUAUAAGGACUGGAAGCAAACUGAUAUGACAUUAUUGAGCCUGCUUAUGGCAACACUGAAUGAAGACAUUGUGGAUGUGAUUAUUGGCUGCAAGACAUCUAGAAAAGCCUGGCUUGCCCUUCAAGAACGUUUUUCUGCUGUGUCAAGAGUGAGUAUCAUGCAACUAAAGACUGAGUUACAAACACUUCGUAAAGGUGGUGAAUCUAUUGAGAAGUACUUGCAAAGUGUGAAAAGUGCUCGUGACCAACUGUUAUCUGUUGGAGUUGCUAUUCCUGAUGAAGAUGUGAUCAUUGUUACUUUGAAUGGACUGCCUGAAGAAUAUUCAACAGUUAGGACUGUGAUAGAAGGAAGAGAGACACCAAUUAAUCUUCGUGAUUUGAGGUCCCAAUUACUCUCUGCAAAAAGGCGCAUUGAGGGAAGUUUCUCUUUUCAUUCCAACAUGAGUGCCAUGGUAGCUAGAGGAGAUGAAACCAGAAAUGAAGAGAGAGAUGGUGAUAGCAGAUGA